GAUGUGGAUCGCCGUCACAAUGAUGAGUUUCCCAGAUGGUUUAAUUCUCAUGUUGAAGAGCUUCUAGCUAUUGAAAAUGCUGUGUUGUCAGAUGAGAUUAAAACUUUGGCAUUGGGACCUAGUAAAAAGGCCACGAGAUUCAAUGGGUAUAUAAUUAAUGGUGCUAGGUAUCAUACGAGGAGUUGUGAGUGGAGAAGAAAAACUCAAAAUAGUGGGGUUAUGGUGAAAGCAAAGACUUGUAGCUAUGCAAGUACCAGAGACAUGAAUCCUGUGGAAGGUGAAGUAGCAUACUAUGGAUAUGUGACAGAUAUUAUUGAAUUGUAUUACUCAUACGACCGUAGAUAUGUGCUAUUCAUGUGCGACUGGAUUGACAACAACAAAGGAUUGAAGCAGGAUGGGUUUGGUUUCACACUUGUUAAUUUCAAUCAUUUGUUAUAUACAAAGAAACAAAAUAGUGAUGAGCCAUUCAUCCUAGCAUCUCAGGCACAACAAGUUUUCUAUGUUAAUGAUCUCGUUGGAGCUGAUUGGGAUGUUGUAGUCAAUAUGAAACCUAGAGACUUGUAUGAGGUGUGUGGAGAACAACCAAUUAAUGAUGGAGAACAUCACAAUGAAGUGAAAGGAUUUGGCGACCAAGAAUUAGAUGCAACUUCGUUUGCUUGUGAAGAGGACAUAAAUUGGGUUAGGUAAGGUGAAGUUGGAACAACUAUUGAUGAAACUAUUGGACCUCUUGGGAUAUCGACACAGACACAAUCUGAAGAU